UAAGGAUCUUAAUUGGAUGACUGACAGUGUCCAAAGUGGAUUAGUCUACGUACGUCAUAACAACCAAGUUCUUUUCUGGACUCUUGACUUUAAAUCUUCAUAUAGAGAAUACGAAGUCAUCAGUGGUAACCAUUAUAUGGCUUGGGUAGAAGAUAGAAAGAAAAAACGUAUCCGCAUUAUGGAAGAUGCCAUACAACGUGAUCAAGCCAGUGCAGCUGCUGAAGAGGAAAAGAAUAAACAGACGGGUGCUUCCGCUGAUACAACCACUAAUAUUGCGGCAACUGUUAGUGCUUUAGGUGUUGAUGUUGAUCCUAGGCAAUUUGCCCUUUCACAAAUUCGUAUCACUGGGACAAGGUCAAGUGUUUCUUCGGCAGUUUCGGCAUUGCAACAUUUUGCCCCGUGGAAAAACUUUGAUCUUAUCGUCAUGAAUGGUAAUUAA